AAUAAAUCGAUGUCAAACAAAAUGUCCCAAAUUUGUAAACGAUAAUUUGAUGAUGAUUUUUUAAACCUUUGUACGUUCUGACUUAAAGAUUUAACCUAAUGCUAUUUAAUGUACGAUCGCACUCAAUAUGUUAAGAUUGCAAAAUAAAAAGUAAACAUUUGUUAAUCCCAUAAUCCCGUGUAUGUGAUGUUUUGAGGUUAAAAAACUUGGCAGUAAUAACAUUUUAUUUUCUUGUGCAACUGAGCGCAGUGAUUAGUGAUUGUUCUUUGAUGUUAAUGUAUAAAAAUAGCUUCCAUCAAAUACUAAAUGGAGUGUGUUAUUAAAUACCAAUUGUAAACAAAAUAUAUUAAAUGUUCUAAGUGUUUCAGAUUGGUACACCGAAAUGGGAAACUUACUGUUACCCAGCUCAACUAAUGAAAUAGGGUUAAGAAAUGAUUUGAAUUUUGAUGAACUUGUUUCAAAAUAUCACGGUGAAAUAAGUUAUAAAAUUGGAAGUGAUUGGAUUCGAUGGGGAAGACAUCUAGGCUUAAGCGAUUCAGAUCUUGACAACAUUGACUCUGAUAAUAUAAAAUGUUAUGAGAAAGCUGAUAGUGUUUUAAAAAAAUGGAAACAAAUAAAUGGAAAUCUUUCAUGGGACCAAUUAAAAAAAGAGUUAAUAGCUUUUAAACGUUUUGAUAUUGUAGUUGAAAUUGAGAGCAAAUUUGGAGAGACUAUUAAUUCAUCAGGAAUGGCUAGCAGAUUUUAUGUCAAAAAAGAUUUAACAAGUUUGUCGGCUGCACUAAAAAAAUCUUAAAAAUUAUGGGAAAAUUAGUGAACUUCAACCAAUGAUAAAAGCAGUUGCAAAUGUUGAUCUAAUACAUAAGUUUGUUGAUCUAUGUAUUGUUGAUGCAGUGAAUACUCAAAUGGAUGCUGUUUUAAGUGUUGAACGAAAAAAAUUUCUUGAAAAGCAAAUGAGUUAUACACCACUUUCAUAUAGUGAGAUAUUUAUGAAAGAAAGUUCUGUAAUAUUAAUAUCUGGAAUAGCUGGAAUUGGGAAAACGUGGUUGCUUAGAAAGUGUUUGCUUGAUUGGUCAAAUGGUUUAAUUUGGAAAGAUGUUGAACUUGUUUUUUACUUGGAAUGCAGGAUGCUCAAUCAAUAUCAAAAUGUUUCUAACAUUUAUGAAUUAUUAAGUGUUUCCUACAAAGAUAUUGUAAAUGACUUUAAUAUAAGCAGUCGUAGUGCACUGUUUAUAAUUGAUGGAUUAGAUGAGUUUAAAUAUUUCCGUGAGUUAUCAAAUCCAAGAUUGAAGUGUAACUAUCCGAUAGUAAAUGCCAUAGCAGAAAUUCAAAAAUAUAAACAUGUCGUUGCUGGUAGAGUUUAUGCAAUCAAUCAUUAUCAAAGUAUAUAUCCUGAGCAUAAUGAUAAAUUAACAAUUCAAAUAAUGGGGUUCAAUGAAAAUGGAAUAAGUAAUUAUGUAGAAAAUCAUGUUAUGGAAAAAAAGAGAAAAGUCGUAAAAGAAACUUUAAGGGAAUCUCCAAUUGCAAAAGCCAUGGCAUCAGUUCCGUUUUAUUUAUCUUCAAUGUGUAAAAUUCUAAGUGGUUCAAAAAAAGUUUUAGGUGAUACAAAGUCUUUCUUAACAAUGACAGAUUUGUAUGCAAAUAUAUUUCUAUACUUUUUGCGAAAACACAUCAUCAAAAAUAAUAAGUUGUUAUAUGAGAUUAUGGAAGAAAGUUCCAAUAAAAGUUAUAUUUUAAAUAUUUGUAAAAUUGCAUAUAAGUUGCUUAUUGAAAAUAAAGUUAUUUUUUCCAAAGAAGAAAUUCAAGAUUUUAUUAGUGACUUUGACAAAAAUGAAGGAAAUUUUUUUGGAUUUAUAGAAAGGAUUGAUACAGAUCUGGGUUGUUAUUAUCAGUUUGCACAUUUGACAAUAAUGGAGUUUUGUGUAGCUGUAUAUGCAUAUAAUUGUUUAAGUUGUGAUGAGAUUAUGGCUAAUGAAAAGCUGAAGAGUUGUUUAUCAAUGAUUUGUGGAUUAGCUAAUAAAAACCAAAAUAGUAUAUUAAAGUUUCUUGUUAACCUGAAUCCUUCAAAAAAAUCUUAUAAAGAAUCUUUACUUUUGUAUUUUAUUUUGGAUCGUCUAAGUAAAAGUAAAGACGAUAAAGAUUAUCAUGAUUUAUUUAUGGAAUGUUUUUAUGAAAGCCAAUCAUCAUUUACUGAUGAAAUUAAAUCAAUUGUUGAUAUAAGAAAGUGGGGCAUUAUUUGGAUUGACAAUCGAAAAACUUCCUAUGAAACUUCUUGCGAAAAUUAUUUCGUAACUCAUUACAUAAAAUCUGGAAGAAAGUUAUCGAAGUUAAUUGUUGAUAAAAGUAUUUUAAGUGAUGAAGAAAAAAAGCUUUUAGUUCAAUGUUCGGCUAAUGUUUGCUGUGUCAACUUUUAUCGUCCAAUUAAAUUCAAAGAAUGGAAACCCAAAGAUAAGAUUAAAGAGCUUUUGAUAUAUAUCUCAGAUUAUUUAAUAUCAAAGGAAGAUUUUGAAGAAAAUUUUCUUCCAUGGAUUAAUCUUUGUGAAACAUUAGAUCUUGAACUUCACGACAACAUUGAUUUUAUCUACGACAUUUAUGAAUGGAUUUGUUGUUUAAAUAUCAAAGCGUUCACAAUCGAGUACCGUGGAAAUUAUUUUUACAAUCUCGAUGAAUUAAAAAACUUUCUUAACACAGUAUAAAGUUCUUAAAUAUAUAAAAU